UGCUGCUCCUCCUCCUGCUCCUCCUCCUUCUCCUUUUCCUAGGCUCCUCCGCGCCGCUGCCGGCCCGCUGCGCGCUCUGCUCUUCCAGCUCUGCGGACCGCAGCAGCCAUGGCCGACAUCAAGACCGGCAUCUUCGCCAAGAACGUGCAGAAGCGGCUCAACCGCGCGCAGGAAAAGGUCCUCCAGAAGCUGGGAAAGGCUGAUGAAACGAAAGAUGAGCAGUUUGAAGAAUAUGUCCAGAACUUCAAACGGCAAGAGGCAGAAGGUACCAGACUUCAGCGAGAACUCCGAGGAUAUUUAGCAGCAAUCAAAGGCAUGCAGGAGGCCUCAAUGAAGCUCACUGAGUCACUUCAUGAAGUCUACGAGCCAGAUUGGUAUGGACGGGAAGAUGUGAAGAUGGUUGGUGAGAAAUGUGAUGUUUUGUGGGAAGAUUUCCAUCAAAAACUAGUGGAUGGGUCCUUGCUGACACUGGACACCUACCUGGGCCAAUUUCCUGACAUAAAGAAUCGCAUCGCUAAACGCAGCAGGAAGCUUGUGGAUUAUGACAGUGCUCGCCAUCACUUGGAGGCUCUGCAGAGUUCCAAACGGAAAGAUGAGAGUCGGAUCUCCAAGGCAGAAGAGGAGUUUCAGAAAGCUCAGAAAGUGUUUGAAGAGUUCAACGUUGACUUACAAGAAGAGUUACCAUCAUUAUGGUCAAGACGAAUUGGCUUUUAUGUCAAUACUUUCAAAAAUGUCUCCAGCCUUGAGGCCAAGUUUCACAAGGAAAUCGCAGUGCUUUGCCACAAGCUCUAUGAAGUGAUGACGAAACUUGGUGAUCAGCAUGCUGACAAGGCCUUCAGCAUUCAAGGAGCUCCCAGUGAUUCAGGUCCUCUUCGCAUUGCAAAAACACCAUCACCCCCAGAGGAGCCUUCGCCUCUGCCCAGUCCAACAGCCAGUCCCAACCAUACACUAGCACCUGCGUCUCCUGCCCCAGUGCGACCCAGGUCACCGUCACAGACAAGGAAAGGGCCUCCUGUCCCACCUCUGCCCAAAGUCACCCCAACAAAGGAACUGCAGCAGGAGAACAUCAUCAAUUUCUUCGAAGACAACUUUGUUCCAGAAAUCAAUGUGACAACACCUUCCCAGAAUGAAGUCCUGGAGGUGAAGAAGGAGGAGACUUUGCUGGAUCUGGACUUUGACCCUUUCAAGCCUGAUGUGACUCCUGCAGGUUCUGCUACAGCAACUCACUCACCCAUGUCUCAGACAUUGCCCUGGGACUUAUGGACGACAAGCACUGAUUUGGUACAACCGGCUUCUGGAGGUUCAUUCAAUGGCUUCACCCAGCCCCAGGAUACUUCCUUAUUCACCAUGCAGGCAGAUCAGAAUAUGGUAGGUGGCUUGGCUGAAGCUGAACAGGCUGUAUCCAUGGAGCCCCAAGCAGAGGAGCUUCCUGCCACCAUUGCUGCACCUGCUGCUAGGCUGGACCUUGGACUGGAGAUGGAGGAGCCAAAGGAGGAAGCAGUGAUCCCUCCUGGAGCUGAUGCCGACGAGCCUGUGGGAACUGCAGUGCCAACCGAAGAGGUCCCCGUGGAAGAAGCAGAGGCAGAGAAAGCAGCCCUCCCUGCUGCCGAAGGAGAAAGCCUCGAGGGAGCCAAAAUCGAUGCUGAAAGCACUGAGGUUGCAAGCAGUGAGAGCCCUCCACCAGCCGAGAGCGGAGGGGCUGCUCCUCAGGAGAAGGUCAUCCCUUCUGUUGUCAUUGAGCCAGCCUCCAACCAUGAAGGGGAAGGAGAACACCAUGAAAUCACUGUGGGUGCCGAAACAAGAGAGGCCACCGAGGCUGGUGACACCCCACAGGAACAGGCUGCAGAGGCCACGCCUCUGGAUUCUCAGGCUGCACCAUUGGGUGCCGUGGAUUCCUCAGUGCCUGCAGAGGAUGCUGCACAGGAAGUGCCUCCUGGCUUUCUCUACAAGGUGGAAACCCUGCAUGAUUUUGAGGCAGCAAAUUCUGAUGAACUUAACCUGCAAAGGGGUGAUGUGGUGCUUGUGGUCCCCUCAGACUCAGAAGCUGACCAGGACGCAGGCUGGUUGGUGGGGGUGAAGGAGUCGGACUGGCUUCAGUACAGAGACCUGGCCGCUUACAAAGGCCUCUUUCCGGAGAACUUCACCAGGCGCCUGGAGUAGGGCUGCAGAUGUUGCAAAAGAGUCACAUGACUGGGUUUUAAACCUUCAGGAAAUGCUACUACCCUCAUAAUGAUUGACAGACUGGUGCCACAUGAGGCUUGGGAAGACAGAUCAAUAGAGCAUGUAUGCAAAAACCAUAAGAAGAGGGGGAAAUAGCAAGUCAAGGAGCAAGUCCUUAUUUUGUUCCCUGUGUUCAAUAGAGGUCUAUGUGUGCUUCGUCUAACUGUGGACACUGGUACUUGAUUCCCCUCCCCCAAGUCUAAAGUAGCUUUCUCCAGACCAGACUCUGACUUCUUUGCAUCAAGUGUGUGAUGUCAAGUGGCUGCCCUGCAGAUGUAAUGAGUUAUCCUGUAGUGAGACAUCCUCUUACUCCCUUGCCCCGUGUGAGCACCUGCUCGUUUUCCCUUUCAAGUUUACUGUGUUCAAAACUAAACUGCUGCAAACCUUCUUAACAGUCUUUUACAGUCACCGCUCUACACAUAUGUAUGGACAUACAGUCCCACAAGCUAAUCCCCAUGCCUGCUGGACCUAUGUAUAUGCAGACGGCUACAUAUGCAUAGUUGACUCCUCCGCUUUCCACUGCAGCUCUCCGCCUCCCUAAGUGUCAUUGAUACACGCAUUGCUCUUAUUCCGUCUUCUGGCAUUACAGCUGCAGUUUUGCCUUGAGGCAAAACCACUCAUCCCAUUGCCAAAACAGUUGACAGUGUCUGUGUGUGUUGUGUGAUGUUUUCAGGAUGAUAUUAACAGAUAGUGCGUCCAUGCUGCUGCCCCUUUGGAGAGAGCAGGGCCUGGUUGUGUAGCUGCUCAGCUGCCGAGGCCAGAUACAACUUAGAUCUGGACCAGCAACUACGCAGUCUUCACUUCUGCCUUUAUGCGAUUGGCUGGAUGAGGGGGCAAAAGAACCUAUUUACAAAAGCUCCUAUAUACUUCCACGUUAUAUUUAUGCAACUCAUCUUCACAGAUCACUCUAGAAUGAAAGAGGUGAUGUAUGCUGUAUCACAAACCACCUGUAAUAGUUCUGUUCUCAGUGCUGUGGCAUUCCAAAUAAACCUUUGGUAAUCUCCAAGUUACACUGA